AACUGUCUCCAGCUGGUUUGACGCAGCUGAGAGAAGUCAGCCUGCUGCCAGUGCGAGCUCCAGCUGUUUCCACCGCUGUCCGCCCCGCUGUUUCCCCGCCGCUUGCCCUCAUUUCUAAUGCAGCAGCGACCAUGACAGGCAUCGCCGCUGCUUCCUUCUUUUCCAACGCUUGCAGGUUCGGAGGCUGCGGACUUCACUUCGACUCGCUGUCCGAGCUCAUCGUCCACAUCGAGGAUAACCACAUCGAUACAGACCCAUGUCUCCUGGAGAAGCAGGAGCAGCAGCAGCCAACAUAUGUUGCUCUUAGCUAUAUCAACAGGUUCAUGACAGAUGCUGCAAGGCGAGAACACGAGGCCCUGAAGAAGAAGGUGCAGCCCAAGUUGUCUCUGUCUCUUACAGGCAAUCUGUCACGCAGCAAUGUUUCCACACCACCCCGCCACACCAGUGGAAACCUCACCCCUCCAGUCACCCCACCCAUCACCCCUUCUUCUUCCUUCCGUAGCAGCACACCUACAGGAAGUGAGUGUGACGAAGAGGAUGUAGAGUUUGAGGAGUCUGACAGUGAUGAGUCAUGGACCACAGAAAGCGCCAUCAGCUCCGAGUCCAUCCUCAGUUCCAUGUACAUGAACGGAGGAGAUGAAAAGCCUUUUGCAUGCCCAGUUCCAGGAUGUAAAAAGAGAUAUAAGAAUGUAAACGGAAUUAAGUAUCAUGCCAAGAACGGCCACCGAACUCAGAUAAGGGUGCGCAAACCCUUUAAGUGUCGUUGUGGGAAGAGCUACAAAACAUCUCAGGGUCUCCGCCACCACACAAUCAACUUCCACCCACCCAUCUCUACUGACAUGAUCCGCAAGUUGCAGCAGUAGAGCCUGAGUGAGGUACCAGCACUUGCCUUCAGGCUAUGUCAGCAACCAUCAACAGACCACCAUCACCAGCAGCAGCUGUCUCCCUUUCCAAUCUCCCCCUUUUCUUCCCCUCUCAUUGUAUUUUGCUACACUACACACUAUUGCAUGGUAUAAACAUAUUAUUGUUCUUUCAUAUCUUUUAUUCAGAAUGUUGAAUCUUUAUUUCGUUCACAUUUUUGCAUUUUGCACAUUUAAACUAUCAUUUAUUUAUUUAUCAUUUGACAGAUGGUGAAGGCAUGUGUUAGCCCAGGUCACAAGUAGCCUUACAUGUACUGCUGGGCGUUCUGGUUUAAAGGGAAGGAGAGAAAAGAUUGGGAUAAUUGUUGAGAAAGGAAGCAUUCAUACCAUGCAUUUGUCACAUUGAACAGUUUCUUUUUUUAGGAUAAAAUGUGACUGAGGCAAAUUCAAUGUUUUAUAGCAUGAAAUCCAGCAUAAAAGCAUUAGUAUUUGGCAAUCUCUAAUAGGCUUAAUGUUAUUGAUCAUUUGUUGGACUUAUUGUAGUUACUGUUCCUUUCAUAUCACAAGAAUUCAAAACAUUUUUAAUAAGUUUUACUUUAAACAUAUGUGUGAGCACCAAAAGAAUGUUCUCAGGUGAUUUUUUUUUCUUUGCUAACAUUUCAGCAUCAUAAUCCUGCCCAAGUGUUCUGAUAGUAUUUAAGCUGUCAUUGUUCCUCAUGUUCCUGACAGCUUCCCUGAAGACGUAAGCAGUUUUCCAUGCUUAUUUACAGUAAGGGAUUGAAGCACUUUUAUAAAAGUUGCCAAAUAAAUUAGCAUUUUUACCAACAUCUUGUUUCUAGUGUAUAUACAGUGAGUGUACAGUUGCACGUUCUACAUUGCUCCAAGGAAAGAUGUACAUCAAUCAUUUCAUCUUUUCAGUAUUGUAAGAUUUCUGUAAUAACAGCAGUUGCCUUGAAAUGUAAACCAUUCCAAAAAGUCUUUGUAUAACUUUAUUUUCAAAGCUGCUGAACACAGGCAGUCAGCCCACUCUGUUUACUAUUCACCGACUGCCUGAGGCCUGAGUUAUGAAGCAGGUUCACCAUACCCACAAUAUCUAUGCCAUAAGUGAACCCAGAUAAGGUAAUCAGGCAGAGGUGGCUUUCAGCUUAGUAGCUGUGGGAUGGCAUUGGCAGCAUCUGACCAAUCAGAAACAUGGACAGGUCUUGUGGUAACAGAUUGAUAUUAAAAAGGAAGCUUUUUAUAUUUUUCUAAAAUUAAAGACAUAAUACAUACUGAAAAGCAGCACAGCUGUGAGUAUGUGUAGUAACAAAAAGCACUAUAGUAUAUAAGUGCUGUAUGAAUGUGUGUGAGCUUUAAGUACUUUGUUGAAAAUGACUGAAAAAGCACUUUUAUUGAAGCUAUGAAAGAAAACUAACAAGAAUGCUGACCCUGCAAGUUGGCAAACUUAUCAGUAUCAGCUUUAUACUUAACACACAGGACAAUCUAAUAGUUUACCAUAAAUUAAAAAAAAGGCUUAGCCUAUAUGCAAAGUACAAAUGGGUUCCCCUUUUAGGAUUAUAUAUUAUUGUUUCUUUAAAAGAAUAACAGGAAUAUAAGAAGAGUGCUUCUAUGAAUUUGCAUUUCUUGACGUGAUCAAGAAAAACCUCAAAUCUUCCAAGAAUGGGAACGCCAUUUUCCACAGAACUGAUUGGUUAGAUUUCGUACCUGUUGGAUUAUUAUCUCAAAUACAGGUUAGGUGUAUGUGAUAAGUCAACAUGGCGAUGUACGUUGCUAAGAAGUGAACCUCCUUAUUGAGUUGAUAACCCAGGUUUAGCAGAAGUUUCCUGGAUAAGCCCAAAUCCUGUUUCAUAGUACAGGUCUCAGGUCUCACAAAACUAGCUGUCUGUCAUGGAUAAUGGGAAAAGAGGAACUAGUGUCAGUAUAUUCAGCACAUUUGCAUUCUUAUAGUCCUGCUCUUAGGCUGCGAGAGAACACAUGCAGCUCUUAGUUUGUGCCAUAAAAAUGUGUUAGCCAUUUGUAAAGACUUAAUAAUUAAAGUAAUUGAAAACCGAGCGUGAAAUUCUCGAAUCUGAGCCACUAGGUUAUUUUCACAGCUUGGUGUUGGUGUUAAGGAACUAAAGUCCAAACAGGAAUCAUGGCAAAACUGAACUGCCAGUAUGGAGAAAACUCUUUGAUAUAGUGUACAGUGAAUGUAUUGUCCAGUGUCAAGUGCAUUAAAUUAUAUUUUCAUAUAUUUCUGAAGUUUAAAAAAAAAAUCUAUGGAAGUAUAUAUCUGAAACGGUAAAACCAGAGGUGGUGACGUACUGUAUUUCUUCUUAAAGCUGCUUCAUGUAAACGUUUGUUACUUUACAAUAAAGGUUUCUCUGCUCUUCUGACGUUUGCAUUAUUAACUCUUUGGACACAAUUCAAUUUUAGACAGAUUUUAUUAAUUCAUUUUAGAUACAUGGAACUCACUAAACUAAUGAAACAUUUCUAUGAAUGAAAUAAGUUAUUACUGUAAAAGAAAAGAACAAAAGGAAGGUCAACAGAAGCUCGGCAUGCAGCGAUUAGCUGAUGAUAUGAAAGUUCUUAAAGAUUCAGACACAAUUAAAUAAUUCAAACCCAAAGAAAAGGAAACCUAAAAGUCAUACAUAAAUUAUCAAGGCUGUCACAAUAUUGUUGGCUUUAAUUAUUCUAAAAUAGAUGAUCUGAGCAUAUACUGUAUAAUCAUGUAUGGAUAUAAUCACUGAAGAGUUCUCCCUGACUGCAUAUAGUGCACCAAGGUUGCUGUCUAUAAAGACUGACUAAAUGACUUGUACUGUGUAAGGGGGAAGAUUUGGCUGCAUGUUUGAAAUGUAAGUUUGGUAAACACUUAUCUCUUUCCCUGAUUCAUUACAUCGUGUGGACUAACAGAUCUGUCCAUUUAAAGUCCGUAUAUAUGCGCACAACAGUCUUAUCCCCCAAAAGUAUCCUUAAAAUCCAAAUUAAAUGAAACCUUCCACCUUAAAAGAAAAAAAAUUGUGUGAAAACAAAUUUGGUAGCCCUGCCAUGUCACUGAAUAAUCUCAUUUUUAAAUGUUAAAAUCAGCUCUAAGUAUUUCUCUAAGGUGAAGUAAAAAAAAAAAAGCAAAA